AGAGAGUGAGAGACUUUGAGUCUCUUUGGCGGAGAGCCAUUACCGUUAAUCAAAUAAGUUUUUUAGAAAUUUAAACGCUCCACUUCUGUGCGAGUGUGGUGUGUAUCUUGUGCAUCUGUGUUGGUGUCUAAAACGGUUCAUUGAUCGAGAGCUCUGACUCUCUGAACAAAUUGGAGCAGAAACCCAAUGAAACAACAACAAAAUAGUAGUGCAAGUGCCAGUGCCAGUGCCAGUGCCAGUGCCAGUUCCGAUACGAUUCUUAAAGCCAUGCCCCCAAACAGCGCCCCAACAAUCAUCAUCAUCAUCAUGUGGCAGUGUGGCAGAAAAGGCGCUUAGCCCAUUUUUUAGGGGCAAACAAAUCCAAUAAAUGCCUGAAACGAGAACAGAACAGAACAUACCAUUAAUUGGUGGCAAGAGUUACAUGUAUCUUUCAGAUACCACUCUUUCGAUCUGAUGUUUUUAACGAUAUAGUCCGCAUUUAAGCUCGAAUUCAUAGAGGAUAAACCGUUCCACAAGAUACUGCUCCUUUGAGACGCACACGCACAAGUUUCGCAGACACAGAGAAGAUGGCGCUGCGCUUGCGUCGAGACGUGCAGAAGGCCUCGUACUAUGUGUGGUUCUUGGGCGCCGAGGAGGCCAAGGGAUUGCGCGGCCCACGCGUAAUCAAUUCGGUGCUGCCGUAUCUGGUGGACAGAUCGCGCGGCCAGGAGCCGCUGAAGGUGACGCUUCAGGUCUCCCACAAGGGCAUCAAAAUCGUGCAGGGGGCAUCGAAGCAUCUGAUACCCCACAGUGCCAUAACCAGCUCCGUGCAGACCGACGACAUCGUGGCCUGUGUCCUUCUGCUGUACAAUCCGGCCACCAAGUGCCCCCUCCAUGUCCACGCCUACCGUUGCGACUCGGAGACAACGGCGGAGGCGUUGCACCUACAGCUGCAGGUCCUCAUCAAUCGUCCCGACAAUCAGAAACGAUUCGAGGAGCUGGAAACAAGAUUGGGAAUCCUGCCGCCUCUACCAAUCAGCAAUAGCAACAACAACAACCAUCACAUUGGCAGCAACGACAAGCGACAUGAGUCGUCGAACACAAAGUCAUCCCAGCAUCACCAUCAUCAGUCACAACAAUCGGCGUCCUCCGCUGGAUAUGCGGCCCACCAGAGCCGCCGCCACGAGACAUCGUCGCCGAAGCGCUUCAGCAGCUCCCUGGGCAGCGACACCGGCAACAGUACGCGCGAGUCCGAGUGCAGCGAGGAGCACGGCGUGGCAGGUUCCCCUGUUUCCCGGUCGCCGCCCCACGGAAAGCACCAUCCGCCACAGCCACACCCACAUCCGCUGCACCAUCCGCCACUUACGCCGCAGCAGAACAGCGAGCUGUUCGACUCCCUGGCCGCCGAACUGCGGGCCAAGCUGAACGGCAAUGGACCGCCACUGCUGCUGCCGCCCCGCGACUACGACACCGUGCACCGCUCCAAGGGCAACCUGACGGCCAUCGAGCUACGUCGCUGUCGCAAUGCAUUGAUUGUGGGUGGCUCGCCCAAGGGUCCAGCGGCAGGCGCCACGCCCCAGCCACUGGCCACGGCCACGGCCAAUGCCAAUGGCAAGCAGGUGUCCUCGAGGGGAUCCUCGGGCAUUGGCUCCGAUCUGGCGCCCAGCCCGGAGAGACAAGAGCUCAAUAGCUCCAGCGAUGACGAGCACUGGUCGAAUGAGGCGGACAACUCGGUGAUAGCGCUCAAACCGUCACAAAUUGCUAUUCCGCAUCAUGUGCAGCUGAAGCGGAAGAGUGCCGUGCAGCCGCCCGAGGAUAGUUAUCUAAGGGAUCUGCCGGCCAAGCCGUAUCAGCCCAGGCCGAGCGAUCGAGAAUUGGAAAGGGAGCGGGAGCGGGAAAGGGAACGCGAACGCGAGAAGGAGAGGGAGCGAGAACGGACCAAGACUCCAGCCUCAGUCUCAGUCGCGAGCAAGCCCUGGAACCGUGAGGACGACAUCAAGCCGAUCAUUAUGCGACCAGCCGACUACGAUGCAAAGUUCAAUCGCGUCAUGCAGCAGGAGCAGCCACCCCAGACGGGGCCGCAGCAGCCGGCCAAGCUGCGGGACACGGACAAGUACAAUGAGAUCAAUCGAUUGCUCAACAAGAAGCUAUCCAGCCAUGACAGAGAACGCGAGCGAAAGGGACGCUCGUCCCGACUCGAUGAGAAUCUCGAUGACUUUGACGAUUCGGAUCAGGGCAGCGGGCACGAGAAGGUGCCGCAGCAGCAGCACCAUCACCGCAAGGAGAACCUCACGGACAAGCAGAAGUUCAUGGAGUACACAUCAAAGAAGCAGCAGCUGCAGAUGCAGCAGCAGCAGCAGCACAGCCACCAUCAGAUGCACAAGUCCUAUGCGGCUGAGGAGUCGCAGCGGUAUGGCGGCAGCCGUCAUCGCUAUGUAGAGCCAUCGGAGCUGCCGUUCGAGCAGUCGCAGGGAGGUGGUCCACCAGGGGUUGGCCACAACAAAUAUGCUGCAGUGCAUCGGGGCUCGGAUCUGGGCCAGCGAACAACCGAGAGAAGGCAUGAUCGAGAGCGCGACAGGGACAGGGAGAGGGAAAGGGAGCGCGAGCGGGAACGUGAGCGUGAGCAUUCCCGGGAUCGGAAUCCAUAUCGCGAGGCGGAGAGCCUGCCCUAUAUCCAGAGCAUGGAGAAGAUGAUGAAGUCGACGGGCAUGCGAUACGGCGAGCCACCAAAUCCCGAUCCACGCAAGCCCCGCUCCGAGCGGGAACGAGAACGGGAUAGGGAUAGGGGAGACUUUGUGGCGCCACCUCCCAGCCAGGCAUCGCAGCGGGACCGCUUCCACGAUGCCAAGGACAAGUUUCGGGCCAUGGAGCAGCGCUCGGGCAGUCGCUAUGACCUGGAUGAACGCGACAUGACCGCGCCCGUCUCCCCCUCCGUUCCCGAUCCCUACAGAUCCUCAUCUCGUCGCAGACGCGGCUCUGUGGAGCCACCAGCCACGUAUGAGCAGUGGAGCGAAGAGGAUGAAGUGGUCCCCAAUACGCAUCUAGAGCGCAAUCAAUUGAGCCGAUCCCGGGCCCGUUCCCGCAGCGACUGGGAACCGGAGCCACAGCCACAGCCACGACACGUACCCGAGCGACGCGACAGAGAGAGGGAGAGGGAUCGAGAUCGUGACUACAAUCGCCGUGGUGAGGAGAUUCCUCUGCCCCGAGAACAGUCCCGGGACCCCUAUCGCCAUGACAGAGACCGUGACCGUGAGCGGGAGCGGGAGCAGGAAAGGGCGAGGGCGAGGGAUCCGCACCAGGGUCGCCAUCAGGUGCGGGCCCAUUCCCGCGAAUACUUGCAGUCGUCGGAGACCAAAUCGAGCUCGGGCUCGGCCCGGGGCCACCACAUCGAGCGCUAUCCCUCGCCCGCACCGACGCCAAGCAGCAGCAACGGCAGAUCCGUUGAGGGAGGCGGAGCAGGAGUAGGAGGCGGAGUAGGAGGCUCAUCGUCCGCUUCCGGUAAGCCCUUGGCCAGCAUGCCCAAGGGCUAUCGUCACAGCUAUGCGGAGCCGGUGUUCGCCCGAUCCGGUGGACGCGUUGGCCUGGCUGCCGUCAAUCCCUACUAGCAGAUUCGCGUAGGAGCAAUAACCGUGCAACGAAAUCCAUACUAAUCGAAUUGGAAUCAGAUCACAUCACAUAAAUAUAUAUAUUCUAUAUUCUAAGA